CUGUAUAGCGCAGGCUCUUUCCAGUACCCCACCCUCAUACACAUCCUGCCAGUAUUUAAAGCCCAGAAGCCCCUGGUUCUUCCUCCUUUGGUUCUGCUGCUGUGGGUCGUGGCGCCGGGAAUCUGGGGCUCGCCAUCAUGGAUCCUCUGUUGGAAGCAAACGGCACCUUUGCCUUAAACCUUCUGAAAAUGCUGGGUGAAGACAGUUCAAGAAAUGUGUUUUACUCACCCAUCAGCAUCUCCUCGGCCCUGGCCAUGGUCCUCAUGGGGGCAAAGGGAACUACCGCAGUCCAGAUGGCUCAGGUACUUUCUUUAAAUAAAAGCAGCAGCAGUGGAGGUGGAGAUGUCCACAGGGGCUUCCAGUCCCUUCUCACUGAAGUGAACAAGACGAACACAUGGUACUUGCUUAGAACAGCCAACAGGCUUUUUGGAGAAAAGUCUUAUGAUUUCCUCUCAUCUUUUAAAGAUUCCUGCCAGAAAUUCUACCAAGCAGAGAUGGAAGAGCUUGACUUUCUGAAUGCUACAGAGGAGUCCAGAAAACACAUAAACACCUGGGUAGCUAAAAAGACAGAAGAUAAAAUUACAGAGUUGCUGUCUCCAGGUUCAUUGAAUAAAAACACUAAUCUGGUUCUCGUGAAUGCCAUCUACUUCAAAGGAAACUGGGAUAAAAAGUUUGACAAAAAGCUCACCAAGGAGAGACCAUUUAAAGUCAGCAAGAAUGAGGAGAAGCCUGUGCAAAUGAUGUUUAAGGAGUCUACUUUUAAAAUGACCUAUAUACGGGAAAUAUUCACCAAGAUUCUGGUCCUUCCCUACGUCAGCGAGGAGCUGAAUAUGAUCAUCAUGCUGACCGAUGAGCACAUUGACUUGAAAACGGUGGAGAAGGAACUUACUUAUGAGAAAUACAUAGAGUGGACCAACCCAGACCUGAUGGAUGAAGAGGAGGUGGAGGUUUUCCUCCCUCGGUUUAAGCUACAGGAAAAUUAUGAUUUGGAGGAAGUCCUUCGCAGCCUGGGCAUGACCGAUGCCUUCGAUGAGGCCAGGGCAGACUUUUCUGGAAUGUCAUCCAGGAAAGACCUGUAUCUGUCCAAGGUCGUGCACAAGUCCUUUGUGGAGGUCAAUGAGGAGGGUACUGAAGCUGCAGCCGCCACAGCCUGUGGAUUCAUGGGGCUGUGCAGUCCUCCAUGCUUCCGUGCAGACCACCCCUUCCUCUUCUUCAUCCAGCACAGCAGGACCAGAGGGAUUCUGUUCUGCGGCCGAGUUUCUUCUCCAUGAGGAAACAGUCAUCCCUAGGUGCAGUCCUCUUCUUUCACCCUCUGACCCACUUUUCUUCCUACACUCUGUGAUAGUAGGAGCAAAUGUGACUCCAUUUUGUUUCAUGACUUCAUCCUGUAAAACAACCAUGCCAAGUAGAAGAGUCAUGACUGGGGCAAGAUGUUCUUUUCCUUUUGCUAUAGAAACCUUUAAGAACAUAGAACUACCUAAUGGGGUAUUGUUUCUGUAACUAGGGUAACGGGGCUCUGUUUCUGUAACUGGGGUGACUGGGCUAACUGUGAUUGGUUAGGCUUCCCUCCGCUUGACUGCACUGUCCUGCUUCUGUAACCUGGCUUCCUUGCAUUGGCUAGACCCCCUGAACAUCCCUUUUGUGGUUUUCAGGCUUAUAAGGAGUGCCCUUGCAAUUGUUCGGGGCUGAUCAGGUGAACAGCUUUAUGUUCUGGUCAGCCGCCACCGGUGUGCUUCAAUAAAGGCUUGAUUCGAUUAUA